UCACCAUUUCUAGAUAUCUUUAUUUAUUUUUUGUGUAAACUCUGUUGUUGAAAAGCAGGAAUCAGCAGCUUCCUGUGUUUGUGUCUGUUUUUCGACGAGUGGGAAUGACAGAGGAAACAUUCUCAAUAAUCACAGUCACUGAAACAUCAGACUCAAUUUACUCAAGCGUCUGUUUUAAGAUGAAAAGUUGAUUGAUCUUGUGAAGCUUUCAAAUCUUGUUUUUCCUGUGAUUUGCUGUGACUGGUUGACCUAACACAAAAUAAACAUUUGACUAUUCAGUUAGCCUGGAAAUUAAGUUUCACAAUCACUCAUCUGACUUCCAGGCAACUACCUUUAUUUAUUUUAGAUCAGAUUAGAUUCCCAAGAAUCCCUCGGCUGUGUGUCACCUUGCAGUGGUUGGGAACACGCCCACUUUCAUACACGGCUGAAAUAUAAAUAAUGGGACUUCCUCCUUCAGCUCUUUAGAUCUCUGGUCUUGUUUCCACUGCUGUUUGAACAGAAGAUCUCUGAUUUUCAGGAAAUCUGAGCUGUGCGUUCAGUGGUGGCGUUGAAGAUGCCGUUCCUCCUGCCGCUCCUUGCCCUCCUCCUCCUGUCCGCCGCUCCCACAGUAACUGAAGUGGUGACAUCGAUGUCGGACUGUGACCAGUACUUUCUUAACCAGGCUCCACCACAGAUCGGGGGAAUCUUGGAAGGAGGGAUCAUCCUGAAACAGAAUAGAUACAAGCCCAUUUGCCAGACCUUGAGGGACGAGAGAAUAUUUGUGACACUCUACGACACCACCAACAAAAUCCCAGUGUUCUCUGCUUACAAGUACACUGGGAUAAAAGACAUAGCGAGACAAAAUCAGUGGAAGAUAGAACCACAGCUUGAGGAAAUAAAGUUGAAAGCAAACAUGGAGAUGGAAGAGGAAGGGAAGAGCUACAAUCACCAGGCCGAUAAUAAAAAUUACAUUAACGACCGAGGAUUCCAAAAAGGACAUUUGUUACCACAAUCCUACGGUUGGGACAUAAUUGCAAAAAGAGCUACCUUUACCCUGACCAACAGUGUUCCUCAAGUAGAUUCAUUUAAUUCGAAAAGCUGGAGUUACGUGGAGUCCUGCGUUAAAUGUGUCCUUGAUGAAUACUGCAUCGACACAAAUGGCAAAAUAGAAGGCUUUGUGGUGACCGGAGCACAGCCCAGCAUCAACAACAUCCUCAACAACAAGGUUAAUAUUCCCACGAUGCUCUGGUCAGCUUUCUGCUGCUACAGCAGUAAACAGAAGACGUGGUUAGCAGGGGCACACUGGGGUGAGAACAUUCCAGAUGGAGGUCGAGUGCUUCAGACCAAGACCUUGGACGAGCUACGUCUAGAACUGGGAGAAAAAUUUAAAGCAUUCCCUGAAUCACAGUGUCCGCUCACCACCACUGUCACCCACCUUUACCCUCCACUCAGUAAGUUCUGUAAGUGCCCUAAACCCAUUUAAACUACUUCUGCUCCUCCCAUUUCAACAUCUGUAUCUCCAUAACCUGGUCCUCUUACUACCACAUCUGGCCCUGUCCCUACCACAUACCAGAGUAACAACUAGCAGGAGUUUUGGGAUCAAAUAUAUAAAUAAAACAUCAUUGACCCAAUCAAGCAGUGAAGAAACAACGACCUCUAACUUUUCUAUGUUACUAACAUAUAAGAGAAACUUACCUUUUUCUCCUGUUUCAUUUGAUUACUCGAGUUUUAACAUUGUUGUGAUGUGAUCUUAAGAAUAGUAUGAGAAUCUAAUCUUUGCAGCAUCCUGUGUUUUUUCCAUGCAGCUCAUAUUACUCUAAACCAAUCUUUAAAUGCGAUAUCAUUCUGCUCUCUGAUAUUUUUGAAGUUUUUUGUUUAAAAAUGUACGGCUUCUUAAUGUAACUUUGAUUUCCAUUAAAGAUUGUGACUAGAUUAAA